CGUCGCGCCCGCCUUAUACCCCCGACCUAUACGCGUCAACCGCAUCUGAACUUUCCCUUCAUCGUCCUGAUUUGGUUCACGGACGACACGAUAGCUACCGGUUCGAAAGCUUCAUUGGAGGUAUUAACAACAAAGUUACUCGAUGGAUUCGCAUCUGGAGAAGGGCCCCGCGCCGCCCAGAGGCCGGAGGCUCCGGUUCGUGCUGCUCGCAGCAGCUUCCUUCUUCCUCCUCUCGUUUGUUGCAAUUUUUGCGCUGGGCGACUUUGAGUUGCCCGCGCUUGGCUUUCAAGAGGCCGACAGCGACCCGGUAGAAGAGGAGAAGGCGGAGAGGCCUCUGUUCACCACCAAGACGCGCAACGUCCCCACCGGCGACAAGUACCUGAUAGGCGUUGGCAAGGCUGACAUUACGGGUCCCGUUGUGGAGAUCAACUUUGCUGGAUAUGCCGACAGCUCGCAAGUCGGUAGCGGGCUGCGGCAACGCAUCUACGCCAGGUCCUUCAUCGUUGCUGAUGUCGCCAACCCCAACGACCGCUUCGUCUACAUUGUGAUUGACACCUCUGCAGGUGACACUGCAGUACGAUAUGGCGUUCUCGAGGGCCUCAAAGCCUUGGGCUCAGAUUACGACGUUUACACCUCUUCAAAUGUGGCGCUGACUGGCACCCACAGCCACAGUGGACCGGGCGCUUGGUUCAACUACCUUUUGCCUCAGAUUACCAGUCUUGGGUUUAGCAAGGAGAGCUACCAGGCUAUUGUGGACGGCACGGUUCUUUCGAUCAAGAGGGCGCAUGAGUCGCUGACUCCGGGUUACUUGGAUGUCGGAACCACCAAGAUUCAGGAUGGCAACGCCCAGCGCAGUCUAUGGGCCUAUUUGGCCAACCCAGAGGAGGAGAGACAACAAUACGGUGACGAGACUACCGACAAGACCCUCACCCUGCUUCGGUUCCAGAGGGAGUCGGAUCUCAAGAACAUCGGCGUACUCACAUGGUACCCGGUCCACGGUACCGCUAUGCUGCAGAACAACACCCACGUCUCGGGCGACAACAAGGGCGUGUCUGCCGUCAUGUUUGAGAAGGCCAUGGUUGACCAGAGCACUGCCGCCCCGGGCUUCGUCGCUGGAUUCAGCCAGUCCAACGUCGGUGACACCACCCCCAACACGUUGGGUGCUUGGUGCGACGACGGAUCAGGUGACCAGUGCAAGUUGGAGGACAGCACCUGCGCCGAUGGAAAGUCACAAUCCUGCCGUGGUCGUGGCCCAUUUUUUGACAAGCUCGACUUGGGAGUGUCAAGCUGUUACGAGAUUGGAAGGCGCCAGUACGCAGGUGCCAGGUCUCUCUAUGACAACUUGGACUCCACCUCGACCCCUAUUGUCGGCACGACCGUCAAGUCUUUCCACUUCUUUAACAACAUGUCCUUUUUCAAGUUCACCAAGUCGGACGGAACCGAAGGUUUAGCCUGCCCGGCCUCUCUCGGCUACUCCUUUGCAGCAGGUACCACGGAUGGACCCGGUGCAUUCGACUUUACGCAAGGCGACUCGGGAGAGCCGAGUGCCAAUCCCAUCUGGCGUGUCGUGUCUGGGUUGCUGAGGACUCCAACCAAGGAGCAGACUGCUUGCCAACAACCGAAGCCUGUUCUUCUUGACGUUGGCGAGUUGAACGUCCCGUACGCGUGGACUCCCAACAUUGUAGACAUCCAGAUGCUGCGGGUUGGCCAGUUCGUGAUCAUUGUCUCUCCAGGUGAGGCUACAACGAUGGCUGGUCGGCGUUGGCGCGCUGCAGUCAAAAAGGCGGCAACCGAGAAGGGGUUGACCCCAUCCGAACCAAUUGUUGUGAUAGGUGGCCCCGCCAACACAUAUGCACACUACAUCACGACCAAUGAGGAGUACGGCCGGCAACGAUACGAGGGAGCCAGCACUCUGUACGGUCCACACACCCUCGAGGCCUAUGUCAACCUGACGGUCAGCAACAUGGGCUACCUGGCUCCUGGGUCCACCAGCCAGCCCGCCCCAGGCCCGGCGGCUCCUGACCAUCGUCAGAACUCGCUCAGCUUCAUCACCGGUGUUGUUCAGGACGCCCCGCCCCUGGGCAGAUCAUAUGGACAGUGCAUCACGCAACCGGCGGGAUCUUUCAGCCGGGGCAGCGUGGUCAAUGCCACGUUCCAAGGCGCAAACCCGCGCAACAACCUGCGCCUCGAGGGCACCUUUGUCGCCGUCGAGAAGCUGGCGAGCGACGGCAGCACAUGGACGACGGUGCGUGACGACUCGGACUGGUCGCUCGUCUACACGUGGAGGAGGACGAACUGGCUUCUGGGAUACUCGGAGGUGGACGUCACAUGGGAGACCGAGGCGGACGCCGAGCCGGGUACGUACAGGUUCAGGUACAACGGCGACGCAAAGGCCUUGAUCGGCGGGGCCAUUAGGAGCUUUACGGGGACGAGCGAUAACUUCCAGAUUGGUUGAGGAUGCUGAGGGCGAGGGGGGUGGGGGAUUGUUUAGAGUCCC